UUCCUUUCUAUCAUUUUCAAUUUCCAAUGACAGCCCAUUUGAUGAACAAAAUCAUGCGUGAAGUUAAACUUAUUUUUUGUAACAAAAAUUUAUUAUAAAAUUUUAUAAAUAUGUCUAAACGUUUCAAAUUUAAUGUGUUACUAUCGGGAUAUCAAAAUUUUAAUGACGUUUUUGCGGCACAGGGAUCAAGAAUUUAUAAUGGAUUCUCUAGAUUAGUCAUACCGAAGCCACUACCGAUGCCUCGACCGGACUGUAAAUACUACCAACAGGACUAUGUGAAAAGAACUACACGAGACUUGGUUAGACUCGUUCUUUCAGAACCACUGAAAAACGCAACAUUGACUCACAAAAUUUCGCAUGGUCCACUAACUGCAAACUGGCUUACAACAUUGCGCGCCUACCUAAUUGUUUCGCAAGGAUUCUGUUUGUCAUGGCGAUCCUCGUUCGAUUUCUAUUAUGAGGUUAAGAAACCAACGUGUCCUCCUCCUCCACCCAAAAUUGGAAAAAAUUGUGAACCAAAAGAAAAGCCUCCUAUUUGCCCCGAGCCCAAAUGCGGUGACGACCCCUGCGGCAAAAAGUGGAAGCCAAAUCCAUGCGAAUCAAAUCCAUGCUCACGGAAGUGCACCUUUACUCUCCCUAUGAAACUAUGCAGAUUCUAUUGUAAAGGAUGUCCCAAUAGAAGCGGUGGCGAUGGAGGUAAAUCAAAGUGUGGAGGUGGAGGUGGAAGUCCCAAAAAACCAACUUGUGGUAGCAAAAAGACAUCUGGCGGUGGUACUUGUGCUAAAAGAAAGAAAUAUGGCGGCGGUACCUGUGGUAGCAAAAAGAAGCCUGCCAGUGUUACUUGUGGUGCUAGAAAGAAACCUGCCGGUGGUACGUGUGGUGCUAGAAAGAAACCUACCGGUGGUACUUGUGGUGCUCCAAAGAAACCUGCCGGUGGUACUUGUGGCGCUAAAAAGAAACCUGCCGGUGGUACUUGUGGCGCUAAAAAGAAACCUGCCGGUGGUACUUGUGGCGCUAAAAAGAAACCUGCCGGUGGUACUUGUGGCACUAGAAAGAAACCUGCCGGUGGUAGUUGUGGUAGCAAAAGUAAAAAACCCAAGUGCGGAAAGUAAUGUGGACGGAUAUACUCUAUAUUGAUUUUGUAGAAAAAUAUUGUUUUUGUCUACUGAUGGUUACUUGUGAUUUUAAUUUAUAAAAUUUUAUUAAAGGAC